UUUCACAUUAACUCCAACCCCAAAACAACUAAUUAGAGAAAGAGAAACAAGAGACUAUGGAGCAGCACGCCAAACGGCCUUGUAUGAGAGGCAGUACCUCCUCCAAAGAAGAAGAAGAAGAAGAGAAAGUUGUUGAGGAUACGGCUGCCUCUGACAAAGAAGAAGAAAUGGAGGAAGAGACAAAAGAUGAUACUGAUAUCGAUGAAUAUGUACUGGUUGAGCCUAGACGCUUCAUGACUGAUGAAGAAAUUCUUGAACAUCGGAGGCAGGUUAUUGAAAGCGACGGAUUCGAUGUUGAGCAGUUUGAAGGCAGGCUACCUGGUUCAAUUAAGCCAUAUAAGUUGACCGAACCAAGAUGCCGUCUCUUGAUAGGUUUUUCCAAGCAAGCUUUGGAAGUCUACAAUGAGAACAACAAAACAAAAUUUGAAUUUUAUGAGCUUAAGAAAGCAAAUUCUCAAGGUGUUGCUGGUGUAAUGUUCUACAUUACUUUUGAGGCGAUAUCUGGCAAUACAAUUGGAACCUUCCGUGCUAGGGUAUGGAAAAAGAUAAUGAAAGGUUUGCAGGUUAUGUCUUGUGAGAGGCAUUUGUGAGUUUGUCAGGUAUAAAUAUUACAUGAGCUUUUUUGUUAUGGUUUUGUUUGUUUAGACUAGUUAGAUUAAACUAGUGAGAUAUAGCACAUAAUCCCAAUCACCUUUGGAUCUUAAUUUGUGCCUAAUGGUUUUGCCUUUUAAAUAUUCUGCCCAAAGUAGACAUUAACUAAUUCUCUAUCUGUCAUCCAUAUAUUGGUGAAUGUUCACAUCUAUUGACAGAACGUGUUUAGUUUGUAUGCCAUUAAGAUUUAUAAAUUAAUUUUUAGUUGAUGUUCCUUGAUAAUGUAUGAUUGUUGAUAAAUGACAAAUUAGAGAUGUAAUGAAUUCAAAUAUUUCAUAUUCUUGUUGUCCGUGUUGAAUUUAA